AUGAAUGAAGAAAACCAGACCACGGUUACAUUUUUCAUACUUAAAGGUAUAUCAGAGGUUCCUGAGCUACAGACUCCAGUCUUCAUCCUAAUUCUUUUUCUUUAUCUUACCAUUCUUGGUGGUAACAUGACUGUUCUUGUUCUCAUCUGCAUGGAUCCUCACUUGCAUAAUCCCAUGUAUUUCUUUUUAGGGAACUUAUCUGUCAUGGAUAUGAUCUCUGUCACUGUUACUCUGCAUAAGGUCCUUGGAAAUUUUAUAUCUGGAGAUAAGACUAUUUCAAUCUCUGCUUGCAUGACACAAAUGUAUUUAUAUUCAUCAAUUACAGAUGCUGAAAUGCUUAUGCUAACAGCAAUGAGUUAUGAUCGAUAUGUGGCCAUUUGUAACCCCUUACUGUAUCCAGUGAUCAUGAGCAAUAUUGCUUGCAUUCUGCUGGCUUUUUUCUCCUGGCUUUUGGGUUUCAUAGAAAGCUUAAUUUUUCUAUUAUUUUUGUUAAAUGUUUCCUGUUAUAGAUCCAAUAUAAUGGAUCACUUUUAUUGUGAUCCUAUGCCUCUUAUGGAACUUUCUUGCAGUGGGACUUCUACAUUGGAAAGAGUAGCCUUCAUAGAAGGAAUACCUGUAAUCCUCACUCCCUUUUCUCUAACCUUUACUUCAUACAUUUACAUCAUCUCCACCAUCUUGAGGAUCCGCUCCAGCACUGGAAAACGCAAAACCUUCUACACAUGUUCUUCACACCUCACUGUCUUUACUCUUUUGUACAUAACAAUUGUCUUUGUGUACUUGACUCCAACUUCUUCAGACAGGAUGGUAUUUAAAAAAAUAUCCGCUCUUUGUAACACAAUGGCUAUACCUUUGUUAAACCCACUUAUUUAUAGCUUGAAAAACAAAGAUAUGAAGUCAGCCUUUAAACGACUACUACGCUGUUUUAAUGUGGCUAUAUAA